AUGGAGAACGACGACGAGACAUCAUGGUUCAACCCUCACUUCAUCAUGCAGCACGGGCCGCUGCACAAUGAUACGAUCCUCAUCUACUUUGCCGACUCGCCCUGGUGUGAGCGCACGUCCAACAACAAGACCAUUAUGAACCAGGCGCUGUACAACCCCGCGAUGGCCGCGGUUGUCACCUCUCGCGCGCAGUUUGAGGCCCGCCUGAGAAGUAUGUCCGGGCUGGAGUACAUGGUGUCCGAAGCACCGGCAGAGACACUUCCGGACACGGGGACUGGUGUAUGGGUGAUUCGCAAGCAGACAAGGAAGAAGCGAGGCGCCAAUCUGGAAGAUGAGGUGACGGUUCAUGCGUCGUACUACGUGGUGGGCGCGAACAUCUAUCCUGCGCCGUCUCUGAUGGACAUAAUGAGCUCGAAGCUGGCCACCAUCUCACAUGCGAUUGGGAAUGUCUUCGAGGCUGCAAACCGCAUACAGACGUGGACCCCCGCGCAGGGUCACUCCUUUGCGAAUCCGGCACUACCUCGCGCCGGGACAGCCGAGCCGAAAGAGGCGACACCUAUGCCAAAUGGAUCUGGGGCGAGGGCAGGCCAGUCCGCCGCAGCUUCAAAGGUCUCUACAAAGACGGAGCUCGACGCAAGACUGGCCGAAGACUCUUUCAAUAUCCACAUGGCUUGCGGAGGCUAUUACAUGGACGAGAUACCCAUCACUGGAAAGCCGGGAGACUUCCAUUUUGCAAAUACAGGACGCAAGGACAAAUUAGCUGUUCCUCAGACGCAGGCUCCAGCCAUGACACCGCCAGUGCUCGCGCCCCUGAACACGGCUCAGGCGGCAGAGGCUGCUGCAUCCUCGAAGGACAUCAAAAAAACCAAGAGCCCAAAGCCUGGGUCUGCUAUAGGAUCGAAGAACAGACGGAAGAGCAAAGCCGGUACCGCAAUAGGGACGCCCACACCAUCUUGA